AUGGGUAAUAGUAGAUUUUUUAACAUGUUUAUCAAAAUUCUUUCUGCAAUUCUGAUAUGCUAUGCAUUGAAAGCCAAUGCACAAACUGAUACGGAAAAUGUUUACCACUCGUGUUCCGGUGGUAAUUAUAUCGCUAAUAGUACAUAUGAGUCAAUCGUUAAGCUUCUUCUGUCAUCUCUAAAGGAUUCGUUCAACAAAGGAACCAUCCGUAAUGGAUAUUACAACAACACAAUCGUUCGGAGAUCAAACACCAUGUACGGGUCGUAUCAGUGUAGAGGUUAUAUUAGACAUCAAGAAUGUGAAGAAAGUGUUGUUUCAGCAGCUAAUGAAAUCGCCUUGCUCUGCCCAACCUCUAAACAAGCAGCUAUUUCAUACAAAGACCUUGUUGUUUUGCAAUUUUCUGACAAAUUAUUCUUCUCAAUAUUGCAAGAUAAACCAUUGUUUACUCUCCCAAGUGAAGAGUUGGUUCCAAAUCCUGAUGAGUUUAACCCCAAACUGGAUUUAUUGAAAAUCUAUGGCCUAGCCCAGUGCUCUUCGGACUUAUCAGUUGAUAAUUGUAAUCGAUGUCUCCGUGGGGGAAUCAAUGAUAUUCAAAAACGUUUUAGCGGGAGAAUAGGUGGCAAAGUGAUUACUUGGAGCUGCUAUUUUAGAUACAAGCUAUUUCCUUUUUAUACCAAAUAUGCGACUUCUCCAGCUCCUGCAAACCCACCACAACCGAGCAUUACUCGAACUCCUGUGGAAAACCCACCACAACCGAGCAUUACACGAACUCCUGUGGCAAACCCACCACAACCCAGCAUUUCAAAAGCAAAGCAAAAGCCAAAGAUGUCACUUACAGUGCUCCUUAUUAUAGUUGUUCCAACCGUUAUCACAGUAGUAUCUAUCAUAACUAUUUUGUGUUUCUGCAUAAUAAGAAGAAAGAAAAUUAGCAAUAUUGGCGAAAUUCAAAGUGCUGAAUCUUUGCAGUUCAAAUUCAGUACAAUAAGUGCUGCGACAAACAACUUCUCAGAUGCGAAUAAGCUUGGGCGAGGCGGAUUUGGUAUCGUAUACAAGGGUACACUGACGGAUGGACAAGAAAUAGCUGUGAAGAGGUUGUCUGAAAAUUCAGGUCAAGGUGAAAAGGAAUUUAAGAAUGAAGUUGCGUUGCUAAUCAAACUGCAGCACAAAAAUCUUGUUAGACUAUUAGGUUAUUGUUUACACGGAGAUGAAAAGCUACUCGUUUAUGAGUUCAUGAAAAAUGGAAGCCUCGAUCAAUUCUUAUUCGAUCCAUUUAAAUGCGCACAUUUAGAUUGGGGAAAGCGACACAUGAUUAUAGGAGGUAUUGCCAAAGGUCUUCUGUAUCUUCACGAGGAUUCUCGACUUAACAUCAUUCAUCGAGAUCUCAAAGCUAGCAACGUAUUACUAGGACCAGAUAUGGUCCCAAAAAUUGCAGAUUUUGGGAUGGCUAAGAUUUUUAUGGUGAACCAAAGUCAAGCAAGCACAAAACGCGUUUGUGGAACUUUUGGAUAUAUGGCUCCUGAGUAUGCAAUGCUAGGUAAAUUCUCGGUAAAAUCAGAUGUCUUUAGUUUCGGUGUCUUAAUUCUAGAGAUACUAUGCGGCAAGAGGAGUAACUCAUUUGGAAGAGACGAAGAUGCCGAGAGUAUAUUAACCUAUGCAUGGAAGCUUUGGAAUGAAGGAAAAUAUCUUGAAUUGCUAGAUCCUACAUUGAGAGGGCAUCAUUCAACAAGCGAAGUGAUGAGAUGCAUAGAAAUUGCAUUAUUAUGUGUUCAAGAAGAUGUAGCUGAAAGACCAGCAAUGGCACGGAUUGUUCACAUUCUGAAUAACUACUCUGUUACUGUUGCAGCACCUUUAACACCAUCUGCAUUUUCAUUGAGUAAUGACAACCGAACGGAACCCAAUAUCCCCUCUCAAGGUGUUGGCAAUGUGAGCGUUAAUGAGAUGUCUACGACAGAAUUAUACCCUCGGUGA